CAAGCUCGAAAGUAAGGGGGAAUUUGUAUGGACAUUCCCCCUUUUCAUCGAACUUGGGAGUUUAGGUGUAAAUCUUGCGGCCAAGAACAUUUUUAUGGGGUAGCCGAGUCUGCAGCAGCCGAUCCAGUAGUUCACCGACUUGGCGAUCAACAUUAGCUAAACUACCCAAAAAUUGCAUUUUGAUGUCCAACAAGCAGGGCUACGACAUCAGCCAGGACAUCGUCGCACCCAACAGUAUCCGCGAAUCUCCGUUUCUGGAUACUGCCUGCAUUAAGCUGGACAUCCGAGUUUCGCUAGUCAGUCUGUUCACGAAACUCGCCCUCAAUCCCAACGAUCUUAUUCUGGACGAGUGCUUCCUCCUCCCGAACCAGGUGCGGAUCCCCCAGUUGCAGUUUGUCGCCUCGCGGACCAUGUUCGCUUUACCGCUGCUUCCGUACAUCAGCCUGCCGGUGAUUUGCGAAACGUUCAAGUUCCGUCUGCAGAUUCCUAUCGUCGAGAGUGAUGUACUAGCAACUGAGCCGGAAGUCACUCGCGUUGCCGAUGUGGAUCGUGCAGCAGCCAUUCAGCGAUGCAAAAAUGUUCGCCUAGAUUAAUGCGUUCGAGGGUAAGAUUAGCCAAGUCAUCUUGGAGUUGAAGGAGCAUCUCGCUGGCAAGAUCGAGUUCUACAAGAAGGCCCCCACUUACUUUACUUUGCUGUGCUGUGGUCCAAACCAUCCGCCGGCCUAGGCGCUGCGCUGGGUUCCCGAUGGUUUCAUGAUCGAUUUUUGCAAAUAAAAAGCCAGUUCAGGGUCAGCGUUAAUCAAAGAUGGUUUCCUUCGUAAAUGGCGAUUACCAAUACCGUUUACUUCGUAUGGCUAUAAUUUGCACAAUUUUGUGAAUAUAAUGAAAAUAGUGCUUGAAUAAAAGUUUAGAAACAUACAAUAAACAUGUUUUAAUCGCCUAGAAAAAGAGGAGCUGUUCCAAAGUCUAGACAAAUAAAAUUCAAUCCGCUUGUUGGAUAAUCUUUCUAUUUGGGUCAUGAUUAUUAUAUUGAAUGUUUAAAAAUCAAUAAAAUACUAAAAGAAACCCGUUGCAGCAAAAAGCGAUACAAUUUGGUUCAUUGUAGUGUCCAGCAUAUGAUGUGAUUUAGAUUAGACGUGUUCCAAUUUGCCCGACA